AUGAAGCUACAUUAUAUUGGAAUUAUCCGCAACGAAGAGAAGCCCGCGCACGAGCUCGUCGCCGAAAAGGAACUCAGCUCGUACUCUCGAUUUACGCGAAACAACUAUGGCGAAUUCAUGACAUUGUUCGCAAAGACGGUCGCCGAGCGCACGCGACCGGGACAGCGCCAGGAUGUUGAAGAGCAAGAUUACACUUUCCAUGCCUACGGCCGCUCAGAGGGCAUCUGCGGCAUCAUCAUCUCGGAUCACCAGUACCCCGCGCUCGUCGCCCAUCAGGUCCUCAGCAAGGUCGUCGACGAGUUUCUCGCCAAGAACCCGCGCUCGUCAUGGUCCAGCGGCCAGCCGACGCUAGUCAUGCCGGAGCUCAAGGAGUACCUCUCCAAGUAUCAGGAUCCCCAGCAGGCCGACAGCAUUAUGAAGAUCCAAAAGGAGCUCGACGAGACCAAGAUUGUGUUGCACAAGACCAUCGAGAGCGUCCUACAGCGCGGCGAAAAGAUUGACGACUUGGUGGCCAAGAGCGACGGCCUCAGCGCUCAGAGCAAGAUGUUCUAUCAACAAGCCAAGAAGCAAAACUCGUGCUGCAUUCUGAUGUAG